AUGACGUUAUCUUCUCAGCACCAUUCCGGCAGGAACUAUUAUUUAACCGAUCCAAAGAGCGAUAAGGUCCAAACUCACUCGUCCGUUUUGACGCCUACUCGGUCCAAUCAAGAUACAGCUCAUGUCAAAGACCAAUCUCAAGAGGCCGGCUGGUUCCAUUGGCACGAUCCUGGCACUUCAAAAGCGGAGAAGAAGCUUAUAUUCAAAAUGGACUGGUUCUUGCUAAGCUACGGCUGUCUUUGCUUCUUUAUUAAGCAGCUUGAUGGCAACAAUGUCUCAAAUGCUUAUGUCUCUGGGAUGAAAGAAGAGCUUGGAUUUGGUCCUGGAAACGAACUGAGUUGGAUGAACACCUUUUUCAACGUCGGCCAGAUUAUCGGCGGACCAUGGGCCAAUCUCAUCAUUUCUGUCGUGCGGCCGCGCUACUGGUUGACAGGCUGCCUCCUUACAUGGUCCCUCUUUGUCCUGUUUUUGUACAAAUGCAACACAGCACAGCAGUUUUACGCGUUGAGGUUCUGUUGCGGGCUCUUUGAAUCCGCUGCUUGGCCAGGCAUCCUAUGGGUACUAGGAUCGUGGUACAAAAAGUCGGAACUCGCUCGCCGUAGUUCUUUGUUUGUCAUGUCCGGCGCCCUCGGCCAGAUGUUUUCGGGAUAUUUGCAGUCUGCCCUAUUCAAAGGCAUGCAAGGAAAGGGUGGGCUUUCUGCAUGGCGGUGGCUGUUUAUAUUUGAUUUCAUACUGAGCAUUCCUGUAGUCAUCUACGGACUUAUAUUCUUCCCUGACACCCCUCACACGACCCAGGCAUUUUACCUGACCGAAUGGGAGAGGAAAAAAGCGAUGCAAAGGAUUGAGCAAGAUGGAAGGGCCCCCACAGGCAAAUUCGACUUAACCGUUUUCCGCAGGAUCUUCACAUCAUGGCAAUUAUACACAUUCUCCAUGGCUUGGCUCUUCUGGUCUCUCACUGCAGGGUCUUAUAUCAUGCAAUUCUUUCAAGCAUGGCUGAAGGCAGAAAACUAUCCGGUCACAAAGAUUAAUAACAUCCCUACAUCAAUGGGUGCUGUCAAUGUUGUCUUCAUGAUAUUGACUGGCUUCGUAACCGACAAACUGGGCCGCCCCGGACCUGUUGCAAUUUUCCUCGGCACAUUGUUGGCAUUUUGCUAUAUCGUCUUCGUCAUCUGGGAUGUACCCACUGGUCUAAAGAUGGCAGCUUUCAUCCUCUCCGGAUGCUAUGGUAGUUUCUCGCCACUACUGGCCGGCUGGGCCAACAGCGUCUGCGGCAAUGACCAGCAACUCCGGGCUUUUGUUAUUGGUUUUAUGAGAAGUUUUGGCGACGGCAUUGUCACGCCGUAUCAGCAAUACCUUUUUCCGAGCUCGAAGGCGCCACAAUUCAAAGAAUCCCACUCCUGGAGUAGUGGCUUGGUCUUUGUUAUUCUUCUGACACUAAUGUGUGGAUUUGGAAUUGAUCUGGUGCAGAGAUACGCUGAGAAGGCUGGUAAAGUUGCUGAAGCCGACGAAGAGGCGGGGUCUUAA